AUGUGUUUUUCCCAUCAGAGAUGAGUUGUGGUCUGUGGUUUCUGAGCGUGCUCAGUGCAUUUGUGGCCCUGUGGGAGGAGUCUGGCUGCGAGGCGAUGACUCUGAACUCCGUCCUCCAUCCGGCUUCCGGAGGACGAGGAGCAGUUGGAGGAGGAGUCCAUCAGAGGAGGAGGAGGAGCUGGGUGUGGAACCAGUUCUUCGUCCUGGAGGAGUACACUGGAGACGAGCCGCUGUACGUCGGGAAGCUCCACUCUGACCUGGAUAAAGGAGACGGCCAGGUGCGGUAUGUCCUGAGCGGUGAAGGAGCCUUGUCCAUCUUCACCAUCGAUGAGAACACGGGAGACAUUCACGCCACCAAGAGGCUGGACCGGGAGCUGCAGGCCUUCUACACGCUGCGAGCGCAGGCUCGAGAUAAAAACACCAAUCUGCCACUGGAACCUGAGUCCAAGUUCAUCAUCAAAGUCCAGGACAUCAAUGACAACCAGCCCAAGUUCCUGGACGGACCGUACACGGCCCAGGUCGCCGAGAGGUCGCCAGUCGGAACGUCGGUGGUGACAGUGGUGGCGACCGACGCUGAUGAUCCAACGUACGGAAACUCUGCCAGACUGGUUUACAGCAUCCUGCAAGGUCCGCCAUACUUCUCCGUGGAGCCAAAGACAGGCGUGGUGCGGACGGCGCUGGCGGAGCUUGACCGGGAGGUGCGGGACCAUUUCCUGUUGGUCAUUCAAGCCAAAGACAUGAUUGGUCAGAUGGGCGGGCUGACAGGAACAACGUCCGUUACCGUGACGCUGACCGACGUCAACGACAACCCGCCGCGCUUCCCCCGCAGGAGCUACCAGUUCCGGGUCCCAGAGUCAGCUCUGGUUUCGGCCGUGGUCGCUAAGAUCAAAGCUCUGGAUCCGGACCUGGGACUGAACGCUGAGAUGGACUACAGGAUCCUGGAGGGGGACGGACUGGGAACCUUCAGGAUCAUCACAGAUCCAAACACACAGGAAGGACUGCUCACUCUGCAGAAGACUUUGGAUUUUGAGACGCGGCCGAUCUUCUCGCUGCGCGUUGAGGCGUCCAACCGUUACGUGGACGCUGGCUUCCUGCCGCCAGGCGCCUUCAGCGAUGUGGACGCUGGCUUCCUGCCGCCAGGCGCCUUCAGCGACGUGGUGACAGUUCGGCUGCUGGUGGAGAACGUAGACGAGCCGCCGGUGUUUUCCUCCGCAGGUGGCCAGAUGCAGAUCUCUGAGGCAGUGCCAACCGGAACGGACGUGGGAUCAGUUUCAGCCCGAGACCCAGACGCCAAAAACAGCCCCGUCAGGUAUUCUAUCGACAGGAAGUCAGACGUGGAGCGUUACUUUACCAUUGACAGCAUUUCAGGAGUCAUCACAACCGCCAGAUCUCUGGACCGAGAGACCAUCGCUAUGCACAACCUCACCGUCCUCGCUACAGAGACCCUGAAUGUGUCUCAGGUGGGGAAAGCUGUGGUUCUGGUCUCCGUGACGGACGUUAACGACAACGCUCCGAGCUUCGCCAUCGAGUAUCAAACGUUCGUCUGCGAGGACGCCAGCGCUGGACAGAUCAUUGAGACUCUGAGCGCUGUGGACCAAGACCAACCGGAGAACGGACAUCACUUCCUGUUCUCUCUGAGCGCCGAGCAUGCUGGGAACUUCACCCUGAGAGACAACAAAGACAACACAGCGUCCAUUCUGACUGCGCCUGGGUUUGUGCGGCGAGAUCAGCCCGUCCACUUCCUGCCGGUGGUGAUCUCUGACGGCGGUAGGCCGUCUCUGAGCAGCACCAACACACUGACCGUCACCGUCUGCAGCUGUGAGGUCACUGGAGACCGCCGCGCCUGCAGCCAGACGCUGGCACGGCCGCUGGUCACUGGCCUCAGCACCACUACCGGCAUACUCACCAGCAUCAUCACGCUGCUGGGUGUUGUCAUGGUAACAGCAGCUGUCAGGCGUGGGAGGCAAGAGCCUGUGAUGACGGACGAGGAGCGGGACAUCCUGGAGAACAUCGGUCGUUACGACGACGAGGGAGGAGGAGAGGAAGACACCGAGGCCUUCGACAUGCUCGCUCUGAGACGGACAGAACCAGGACCCCUCAGAGAACAAGACCUAGACCAGGACCUCCUCCCCUCGGAGUCCCAGGUGGAUAAGAAGCAUCUGUUCCAGGAGUUAAUCGGGGUCCGACUGCAGGAGGCGGACCAGGACCGGGCAGCGCCCCCCUACGACUCGCUGCAGACCUACGCCUUCGAGGGCAGCGGAUCGGCUGCCGGGUCUCUCAGCUCGCUGGACUCUUUAAACCCGCAGGACUCGCUGGACCCGCUGGACUCGCUGGACUCGCUGGACUCGCUGGAGUCCGAGCAGAACUACGAGUUCCUGAGAGAGUGGGGGCCGAGGUUCAGGAAGCUGGCUGACCUUUAUGGACACGACGAGGGGGGCAGAGUCUGCUCGUAGC